AAUCAUUAUCUCUAUUGACGUCACAGAUAAAACCAACGCCAGAUAUCCCGAUCAAACGGGAUGGGCUCCAACAAUCCUGGAAAUCCCUUAUCCCGAUAAAAAAAUAACACGCAAUCCUGGAAAAUGUCAGACGAUCGUAAAACUCCGCGAGGAGGAGCUAUCCUUGCGAAACAGCGCAAAAAGAGAAACGACGACUCGCGCUAUGUGUUCCCAAAGAUCCCGGCCGACUUGACUCGGGAAAUGAUCUUACAGCACAAUGUAAAUAACACUUACACGUCUUCUUAUUCUAUCGACUACGUAAAGAAGGUGGGACAGCCUGCAAUCCCGAGGCCCUGCUCGGCAACGCGACGCAACAGGCCACAUCCCUCAAAGAAUUUCUUAAACUGGCGCCUCCCCUCCGAGCUGGUCCCGGCCAUGAAUAUCACGGAUGACGCGGCGUUCACUUGCUUCCCGACAGGAGAGUCCCUUCAGAGAUUCUACGAAAAGUUCAAUGGCGCCUUUCAUACAGCACAAGAGCCAAAGAGCGCGGACAAGGCUUCGUCUCCCAUCCAAACAAUACAGCAAAGGCAGAGACUAUUAAAGAGGGAGGAACUGGAGAACCAAAAGCUACCAGAACCCAGUCCACAAACAUCACCCGUGUCAUCACCAACACAGUUACCCAGACCGGGGCACGGGGCAGUCUGUACCAGGAAGGCAUCGGAAAAGUACUGGCCAAGCAACUUACCGGACCAAGACCUCAUCAAAGAGUUACUAGAUGCUAGGGAUAAGAGAUAUCUAGUCAAGUUUCUGCGAACGCUUUCCCCUGACUCGCUGAUUGGCCUGAAGCAAUGGCUCCAAUCAAAGGAAGAAGAGGACGAAAAUGGAGACCUCCCCCGCUCUCCAAUCUGUAUGCCAAAAACGCGGUAUUUUAAUCCUGACGAUUUUGAGGACUCCGUGCAGACUCCACCCAGCAGUCCUGCCAAGAGAGACUCACCGGUGACUUUCGAAUGCACCCUCCCGCUUUGUCUAAAGCGUGACGUACGGCCCUCCUUCGACAAACUCUACAAGAACACAAACAGCCACGAUCGUCGAAUCAUAGGAAAUCUUAUUGAAGCUGGAGAUCGGGGAUAUCUUGAAAAGUUCCUAGACAACAUGGUACGACCAGAAGCCAUUACAGGAAUCCAGUCAUGGUUGACAAGUCACGACGAGAAAGAUCGCGAGGUUGCCCUUCGUUUCUUGCACGAUAUCCGCAGACCAUCACCAAAACGUGCGAAUAACAAGGAGGGUGAGCCCGCAGCCGAGAGUCCCGUCCAGCGGUCAGAAAAACAGGUGCUCAAGAAAUUAAAGAGCAAGAAGCAUGGGAAAAACUGCUCAUGCGCAGUGUGUGAUAACGAGCGCUCCUGCAAGAUUCUCAAGGCUCUCUCCAAACAAGGCACAUCUGCAGUCAUAGACGAGAUGCGGAGAGCUCUCGAUUUUGUCCCACGGCCCAAGAACACAUCUGCAAGGAACGCCAGCGUGCGAAAGAACCAAGUUGCAAAACCCGGAGGCCAAAAUCCACUUGGGUCUGUGAAUAGCUACGCACCGAAUGGCUUUGUGGCGAAUAAGGGCGCGCUUUUUAUGCAGCCUCAUCGGGUAUUGCCCUCACAUUUCGUCAUCCACCCGGAAUUACCGUAAACGAAAGCAACCACUUAUUUCACCUGUCAACACGGGAAUCCGUGGAAUCUUGGACUCGUGGAAUCUUCGAUUUUCACGGGAAAGUGCUGCAUUGAGGUUUUUUUUUUUUUUUUGCUAUUUGUAAUCUUGACUAAAUUUUGGAACUGGAACUUCUUAUAACGAUUACCCAGAAUACUGCUGGCGAUGACAUAAACCCCCACGUAACUGCCACGGCUGCACUUUGUGAAAUAAACGCACCAAUAGUCCA